GGUAGUUUGUGUGUUGGUAUUAUCUCUGUUAGUACUGUAUUAAACAGCAUAAUUAAUUAGUUUAAUAGUUGAAUAGCUAGCUGCGAAAUGUAGAGUAUUUUCCCCGUCUUUUUUUCAAACCUUAGUUAGUCAUGUUUAUCAGUGGUUCAUAGGGAACUAAUCCAACUUUUUUUUCGAAAAUGGCAUUACUUGGGACCCAGCUUGUCAUUACCUUAGUAAUGGUAAGUAUCAUACAGAAGUUGGGGCCACAUUAUUCUUUAGCAAGAUGGAUCCUUUGUUCCACUGGGUUGGUGCGGUAUCUGUAUCCAACAGAUGAAGAGCUCCGAGCUCUAGCUGGUGUCCCUAAAGAUAAAUCAAAGGGAAAGAAAAGUGGAAGGAACAAUGAAAAUGGAAAGACAGCUGAAACUUUCCACAUUCCACGGAAUUUGGACAUUAAGUUGGAGACUUCCAAAGUGACUGCAUUAGAUGUUGUUCAUCUGAAGUUUUAUUCUGAGUACCAGUGGCUGUUAGACUUUGCAGUGUAUUCAUCUGUUGUAUAUAUUUUAACAGAGGUGUAUCAUGCAUUAGCACCUCCUAAAGAUGAAGUGAAUCUCAGUAUGUUAUGGUGUUCUUUAGUUGUUGGAUUUUCAUUUAAACUGCUUCUCUCACUGACAUAUCAAUACUUCCAGAGUCAGGAGUCAGUGGGUGAACGGUCAACUGUUAUCAUAACAGCAUUUGCUUACUUGUUAAUUGUCAUGGUGAUCCUUAUAGUUGAUGAAAAUUCUCUAGAGUUGGGGCUGAAUACAGCUUACACAAGCUUCAAUGAGAGUGCAGCUGCAUUUUUGGAGAUGCAGGGCCUCGAUUCAUCGGGUCCUGCAUCAAAAAUAGUAUUGAAGUUCUUCUUGGCCCUGUGGUGUGCCCUUUUGGGAGCACUGUUCACUUUUCCUGGUCUGCGUAUGGCAAAAAUGCACUGGGAUUCACUCAGGUAUUGCAGUGAAAACAGGCUACAGAGGUAUCUACUGAACACUAGCUUUGCAUCACCAUUUAUAUUGGUGCUUCUGUGGGUGAAGCCGGUGAGCAGAGACUACUUGACCAACAGGAUCUUCCAUGGUAUGGCGACUCCCCUGUUGACUGAGCAUGCAUUUGAGACCAUGCGGCUCAUCAUGAUUGUUGCUGCAGUCCUGCUACGGCUUGCACUUAUGCCAACAUAUCUACAGGCAUAUCUUAAUAUGGCAUACCAUCGGAUUCAGGAACAGAAAAAAGAGGCAGGCAGGAUAACUAACAUAGAGCUUCAAAAGAAGAUUGCAGCUGUUUUCUACUACUUGUGUGUGGUAACACUACAGUUUGUGGCUCCACUCAUUCUGUGCCUUUAUUUGACAUUUAUGUAUAAAACUCUGGGUAACUACAGUUGGUCUGGCUUAUUUGUUAGUCCAGUAGCAGAGGAAUGCUUCGAGUCACCAUCCCAGUUCAUGCCGUUACCGAGUCUUUCCGGCGAACAGUCGAUACAGCAGUCUGCCAAGCAGUUUACUCUUGCACUUGACUCACUUAAACAGGUGUUCACAACUGAUGUAUUCAGAGGCCUCUUUGGCUUUGCAACAUGGUGGUGUUGUUUUGCAUGGUUUGCCACUUCCUCGUUAGGAAUGGUAUAUCAGUCAUACUUCAGUCACUCAUAAUCUAGUAGUCAUAAUCAUGCUCUGAAUUGAAAUGAAAGGAUUGUUUUAUGUUUUUUCUGUCCAUGCAUCUCAUUCAUCCAUUCAUCCAUUAGUUAUGUAGCAUAAUGUAUUUAUUAAUUUAUCUGUUAUGAAUUCUAUUGAGAGAUAUAGUUGUGUUUUAUUGCCAAGUUUACUUAUGUCUAAGGAAAGCGAAGUAAGUGCUGCUGCUUUAUGUAGCAGCUGUGAUGAUGUUGACACAACACAUUUUGAUAUAUAAAUGUAGUGUCCUCUAAAAAGGAAUUGUGUUUGAACUAAUGCAGCCAGCCAGCCAGCCAUAGAAAGAAUAUGGAUGCCACUUUGGAUGUGUGGGUUUGGGAAAUUUGAAUGAUUAUAUAUUUAUUUUGUAAAAGGAUUAGGGAGAAUAAAUUACAAAAUGCAGUCAUUUCAAUUUAUAUAAUAUUUUGUUGAAUAUUAAAUUUGAUAUAAACACUUAUGUGAAUAGAUGUCCUGAACGUAAAACAGUAAAAUCAAGUUUCUAAUCCCCGAAGCAACUGUUGUUGAAUCAGAUACAUUUCUGGAAGAGUCAAGGCUUAAUGAGAGCAUAUUAAUGUAAAGUAACUGAGCACAUUACUUAUAUUUGAUGAGGACAGCAAGGCAUAUGAAGGAUGUAACUGGCAUCAGAACCAUUUAUGAUCAGUUAACCAUCUAAAAUGUAUAAUUAAAAUUCUAUGACUUCCAAUUUACUUGAAACUCAUAUGAUUUAUAACAUGUUUAAAAUUAUGUCAAAAUUAGGUCUUAGUCAGGUCUGUAACUUCUAUAUAAAACAUUUCUAGACAUGGUGUUUUCUUUUAAAGUAGAAAUGAAAAAUACAAUGGUUAUGUGAUGAUUUGACAAACCCUGAAAUUAGCAUUCAGUGCUCUCCACCUUGCAGUAGCAUUGGCCUACCAGGCACCGAGCCUAGAGGUACAGAUUCUUACUCUGACUGCUUCAAGCUUGUGACUGCAUACUUUGAAGUUUAGAAUGCAAACAAGGUGCUGUAUUCUCAUGUCUGAGCUGGCAUCAGGGGCCAGGGGUCAUUAUAUUCUAGUGUAAUAUCAAGGAAAGUCAAUGGAUUCAGUCUUAAAUAAUUUCCUUCCAUGUUUUGUCUUCAUAACUUAAUUCUCUAAUCUGCAACUUCAUGUUCUUAGUCUUCCAAGUGGCUGAUUAACUGUAGAGUUUUUGUGUUAAAAUUCUGUUAUGUCCUUGUAAGUGAUCAUGUAUCAUAACUAUACAAAGGAGUUUGUAGCAAUUAUUGUUUUAUAUAUCUUAUUGUGUGGGAAAGUAAACUUUAUAAUAAUGUGUAGUUUAUAUGCCUAUUAUUUAAAUUUUGUUAUAUAAACUACAUCUUGUUUGUUGUUUCCAGAUCUGACAUUUAAAUAUUUUAAAAUUGUGUAUAAAUUGUAUGAGUAGUUAUAUUAUGAUAUGUGUGCAGAGUGUUAUUUUAAUAUUAAUGGACUUUUUCAAAUCUAGAAUUUUUGUCUCUGUGCAAUAUACUCUUUCCUCUUAAUAGCUCUAUCAUCUACAGUGUAUGCAUAUGAGCUAUGAAGUAUGCAGUCACAAAGAAUAUUUAUAUAAAUUCUGUAACAUUUCACUGCUGUUGCGUGUGAUAUUAAUAAUUAUAUUAUAUUUAUUUGUACAGAACCAAUAAUUGUGUUUUACCCGAACUUCCAUUUGCUUAUGACAAAAUAAUCAGAUAUUUGAAAACUUUAACAAAACAAAAAUUACUGUCAUUAACAGGUAUGAACAUACACGCAUUUAUUGCUUUAACUUAUUAAUUCACUUAUUUCUUUUAUCAAUUAUAUGAAAUGGUAUUAAUUGGUUAAAUGGUGAUCAAAUGUGUCUAGAAACCAGUAUUGACAGUAUCUUGACAAAUAUUUCUUGUAUUGGCAAGAGCAAAAAUCUAUAAUAUAAUAUGUUUUGUAGA